AUGACAGAACCAGAGGUGAAGUCAGAGGAGCAGGAUACUCCUCCCAAGAAGUACGUCUCUGCAGACGAACUUUACCGGAGAUCAUCACAAUACCGUGUGUGGUCAUACACAGAGCAUGAGCUCGAGGAGUUGAAGAUGCAGACCAACGAAAAGGGCCGGCUGGUGGCGUUGGAAAAGUUCCAAAGUGCUAGAUCUGCAUUAGAGACAGAGAAGCCCGAGGUGUUUGCUGUCCAUGGCGCCGAAUUGACCGCAGAGAUCGCAGGCUUGGUCUCGUUUGACGAGGAACAGAAGUAUCUCUAUUACUUCAGUCAGCAAAUCAUCCAGAUCUGUAGCCAUUUCAAUAUGCCGACGCAGGUUAAGGCCACGGCGAUGGCAUUCUUCAAGCGCUUCUACUUGGUUAAUUCUGUUAUGGAACAUCGACCAAAGAACGUGCUAUAUACCAUCGUGUUCUUAGCUGCCAAGCUGGAGAACUACUUUGUGUCAAUCGAGUCGUUCUGUACUCGCUUACCUAAAACAAAGCCCAGCGACAUCUUGGACUUGGAGUUUAUUGUGUUGCUGUCUCUCAAAUUUACUCUUUUGGUCCACCAUCCGUAUCGUCCGCUUUAUGGAUUCUUCCUAGAUUUCCAGCUGGUGCUUUUACAUCCGGAACCGGUUUUACGGGACUUGACCAUCGACAAGAUCGGUGCACUCUAUGACAAUGCGAAGAAAUGGCUCAAUGAUGAUGCUUUGUUGAGCGAAGUUUCCUUUCUUUACACUCCUCCUCAGAUUGCUCUAGCAGCUAUGUAUGACGUGGAUAAGAAAAUCACAGAAAACUAUCUUAAGCGGAAGUUCUUGAAGCAAUCGACACUAGACUCCAUCAAGGAGGAGCGAAGAGAGGAAAGAAAGAAGGAGGAGAGGAUGAAAAGAGAGGAGCUUAAAAGAAGCCAGAUCAAGCAGGAAGAUGAUGGUUUGGUGAAGGAAAGUCCGGAAAUCCAAGUAAAGUUGGAAGAAGAAGAACUUAGAAAGGCGAACGAGGAUCUUGAAAUGUCAGAUGUCGUUAAAUCCCAAGAAAAUAGCGACGUUAAACAAGAGGAAAAUAUCAAUGUCAAGCAAGAGGAUGUGGAUACACCGAAAGCAGUGGAUCCAGAGAGGGAACAAUACGAGACACUAGUCAAAACGAUUAAAAAGUGCAUAGUGGUGGCCAAAACAAAACUAGAGACUUCUAGAGAAGAGAGUAUCAAGAUCGACGAGAAGUGUUUCUUUGCAUUGAAUCCUGGAAAGCUUCUAAAGAAGAGGAUCAAGGCGUUGUCUACGUAA